UAUAAAUAGGACAUUAGGAACAGUUUUCUGGACAAAGGUUUACUAUUUGAAGACUUGUUUUAGAUCAUUAUCUAUUAUCUAUAUAUAUUAUCUAUAUAUCUAUUAUUGUUUUGUACCAAUAUGACAACACUCCUCCUCUCUUUGAGUUAACAGGAAACACUCUCCCUCCAACCCUCCUCCCCCCUACCCCUCCCGGAGUCCCCGGGUCGUACCUCUCCUGGUAACACCUUACUGCUGGGUCUGAAGAGGUUGUCUGUGCGGUUGGUCGACUGCAGGAAAACACCGGCGCUAAGGGACAGUCCUAUCUGUCACUCUCUCGGUAGAAGGGGCUUGUCAUCUGGGCAGGCAAAACAUCAUGAUGCUGUCGAGGCAGAGAAAAGUGUCUCAAGAUCAGAACACCUCAAGAAACAACAGCUGAGACCCAUGAGGAAGAAACCUCACUGCUGCUCUGACUGUGGGAAGAGUUACACCUCUAAAGUAAACCUUAGAGGACACCAGAGAAUUCAUACUGGAGAGAAACCUCACUGCUGCGCCCAGUGUGGAGCUAGCCUCUCCUCUGCCAGUGCACUGGAAGGACACAUGCGGAUUCACACUGGAGAAAAACCAUACCAGUGCUCAGAAUGUGGGCAGAGUUUCACAGAAGCCUCAGCACUGUCUGAACACAAACGAAUACACACAGGAGAGAAGCCUCAUCACUGUGAGCUGUGCGGGGGAAGCUAUUCCUCUUCUAAAUUACUCAGACUACACCAGAGGAUUCACACAGGGGAGAAACCUUACCAAUGCACUGACUGUGGGAAAAACUUCAGAUUUAUAUCUUCUUUAAGAUGUCACCAGCUAAGACAUACUGGAGAGAAGCCCCACCAAUGUACUGAGUGUGGGAAGAGGUUUGCUGUUAAGACUGGACUCUUGCGACAUAAGAAAGUGCACACUGGAGAGAAAGGCUACCAAUGUCCACAGUGUGGCAAGAAGCUAGGAUCAUCUAAUUCUCUAGAGCAGCAUAAGCGAACACACACUGGACAGAAACCCUUCCACUGUUUCCACUGUAAGUUGAGCUUUGCCACUAAUUCAGCCCUGUGCACACACCAGAGAAUUCAUACAGGUGAGAAACCACACAGCUGCAAUGUUUGCCAGAGGAGUUUUGGACGGUCGGAUCACCUGAAAAAUCAUAUGCAAAUUCACACGGGAGAAAAGCCAUACCACUGCUCUAAGUGCGAGCUGAGUUUCACUAACAACAGAUCUCUGAAAGAACAUGAGGUCAGACAUACAGAAGAUAAACCUCACUGCUGCUCCCAGUGCGGUGCUAGUCUCUCCUCUGCCAGGGCACUGGAAGGACACAUGCGGAUUCACACUGGAGAGAAACCGUAUGAGUGCUCUGAAUGUGGGCAGAAGUUUGCACACAGAGCCAAUCUUAGGACACACCGAAGAAUACACACAGGAGAGAAACCCUAUCACUGCUCUGACUGCAAGAAGAGCUUUUCCAGACUUGACUCUUUAAAUAAUCACAAGUUCACACAUUCAGAGAAGAAGAUGUACCAUUGCUCUCAGUGUGAGUCGAGCUGCACAACGCUAGGUGCAUUGAAGAAACACAAGCUUAUUCACACUGGAGAGAAGCCUUACCACUGCUCCCACUGUGACAAGAGCUUCCUUUGGCAACAGUCUCUCAAAGGACACGAGCGUCUUCACAAGGGAGAGAAACCAUAAUCUUGCUCAGACUGCGGGAACAACUUUGCCACAAUGGCAACCUUGCGAAUUCACCAGCGAAGACACACAGGAGAGAGGCCAUACCAAUGCC